UGGCGCUUCAGUAACUUUGCAUGUGCCUGGGCAUUUAAAGGUUAAUGAAAACGCACAGAAGACGCCUAGGAAAUAUUGAAAGUGUUUAAUAUCAGAUUGAUGUAGAUGGGGUUGCAUAUAUUUUGUAAAUAAUGGUAAGACCAUGAAACAUGUAGCUUCCACAUCGUCGUGUCCGAGGAGAGUUAUAUUCAGCAGCAGCAACUGACAGCGGCUGUAGCAGCAGAGGAAAGCUGGUAGCAUACUGUAUAAGCAGACGUUAAAUUAGAAUGCGAUGUUACCGUGAUUGAUCGGCAGGACGGCACAGCUCCUACAGUAGUGUUACACUAUGGUUAUGUUCGUACUGCUCCAACACUCGAGACUAUACCCAUCUAUUUUGUUUGGAAUUUAAACUCCAAUGCAGAUGGCAACAGUGCUACCAGUUUACCACUGACAAUAUGUAGUCUGUCUGGCGUUCUGUAGCGGGGAAUUUUGUUGUUCUCGGGUUUAAUACUAUGUGAUGGAUGUAUUCCUCUAUACAGGAAACGAGGAAGGAAUAUGUGUAAUGUACAGUCGUGAAUAUUUUACUAGUUCUCACAUAUAAUCAUCACUAGAGAGACGAGGGGAGCGGUAGCAACGCCUCCUGUUUUUUGAGUUUAGUGAGGAGCUCUAGUGUUCCCAAGCUAGGGUUAUUUCCUAGCCGGGAUGUCGACUGUUUGAUUUUUUCCUAUAAUAGAUUGACCUAGGAGAAAGCAGCACUACUGACCUACCCUGUGUUGAAGCAGUGUGGAGGGAAGGGUAUUGGCGGAUAUGUCUUCCCUCUAAAGGAAUGGCGCUCACCCCUAAAUACAAGCCGAGGACGGAGAGCCUGCCCAAUACAUUGUCCAGUGCAAUGUUUGGGAAUGGGCAGGCUAACCCCGAGGACAACCCAAACUACCUGGUUUAUAAGAAGAUGGAGUCUAUUGUUGACCGAAUGCAGGAUGAAAGUACAGGUGUGCCCGUCCGGACGGUAAAGAGCUUCAUGUCCAAAGUGCCAAGUGUGUUCACAGGUGUGGAUCUGAUAGCGUGGAUAAUGAAGAAUGUGGACGUGGAAGACCAAGCUGAGGCGACACACCUUGCAACCUUGAUGGCUUCCCAUGGUUACUUCUUUCCCAUUGACGACCAUGAACUGAUAGUCAAAAACGACAAUACAUACUACAGAUUUCAGACACCAUGUUUUUGGCCAUCAAGAUGUGGGGAACCAGAAAACACAGAUUAUGCGGUGUAUUUAUGCAAGAGGACAAUGCAGAAUAAACAACGCUUAGAACUAGCUGAUUAUGAAGCAGAAAACUUGGCAAGACUCCAGAAAAUGUUUUCCAGGAAAUGGGAAUUUAUCUUUAUGCAAGCUGAAGCACAGGCAAAGGUAGACAAGAAACGAGACAAAUUGGAGCGUAAAGUUCUAGACAGCCAGGAAAGGGCAUUCUGGGACGUCCAUCGACCUGUGCCGGGUUGUGUAAAUACCACAGAAGUUGAUAUAAAGAAAGCAUGUCGGAUGAACCGCCAUUCAAAAAUGACACGGCACAAUUACGCAGUACCAGGAGGACGGAUCAGUCCCAGCGUGUCGGAGGCAGAUCUACACAACCCUUGUGAAAGUAUACGACAUGAGAUUGACUCCUUAAAAAAGAAACUAGAGAAAAGAAGAGUAAAAAUAUCCAAAGUGACAGAGAGCUAUGUGGCAUUCUAUGAACAAUAUGCUGAGUUUGACCCGUUUAUAAUGAGUCCUGACCCUUCCAAUCCAUGGGUAACGGACUGCAUAGACUUCUGGGAAAUGGAGAAAACAGUCAACCCUCGGGAUAUUCCACAACGCAGGGUAAAACGCUGGGCGUUUUCUAUAGAAGAAUUAUUAGGGGACCCAGCAGGAAAAGAACAGUUUAGCAAAUUUUUAGAUAAAGAAUUCAGUGGAGAAAAUUUGAAGUUCUGGACAGCGUGUCGAGACCUGAAGGGACUAGCUAUGAAGAAGGUUAAUUGUAAAGUACAUGAAAUUUUCUCAGAGUUCUUGGCUCCUGGUGCUCACAACCCUGUCAAUGUAGAUAGUCGUAUAACGGAACUUGUACGCACGCGAGUGGAAAACUGCCCAAACCGAUAUUGUUUUGAAGAAGCUCAGGACCACAUAUUCAAGCUUAUGAAAAGUGACAGUUACAGUCGUUAUCUUCGCUCAGAUAUGUACAAAGAAUUUUUAAGUGGAACCAGGAAAAAAGUAAGACUCCUACCAGCAAUAGCAAGCAACUUCUCAGCGUUCAAGCACUCGUCCUGACUGACUGUGUCGUAUUGU